CAAAACCAUCCACACUGAACACAAUGGCGUGCAACUUUGACGAGCAGAUGAUGGUAUAGACAGGUUGACAGGAUUGACAAUGGUGGAUCUAGCAGGGGGAAUUCAUUACUGUUGAAGUUUUGAACCAGCAUAGCAGCAGACCAGUCUUUGUCCUGAAAUAAGGGUCGUGGCCAAGAUAGGAAACAACGUUAUCGCUGUUAGGUACACAGACAGGAUUGGACGAUGUCCCGUCCAUUGAGAGUUUACCAGACAUACUCAGUAUUUGUGGGGAACAUUCCUCCAGAUACAAAGAAGUAUGAACUUAGAGAUUUAUUUCAAGCGUGUGGGGAGAUUGUUGAUGUUGUCAUAUUAAAUAACAGCAAUGGCCAAGACUUCGGGUUUGUGCGGUUUUCUGAUGCUUCAUCAGCUUUCUCAGCUGUCAGUGAACUUAAUGGAUGGUCAAUGAAUGGCUCUGUUUUAAAUGUUGAAAUUUCUAAAGACACAACAGAAAAACUUAAGCAAGAGAAAGCCGGCCUUCCUGUCACUGUGACAGAUGGUUGUGGACUGAGAAAAUGGAAUGCUCCAAAACCAAAUGCAGGACGGUCUCUUGGUACAGACUACAUCACAGACACAAUGUACUGGACAAGGCUACAGGAAAGCUGUACUGCACUCAAUCUCAAACAUUCUAACAUUACAGAUAAACAUUUAUCAAUGAAACGACUGGCCGAGGACAUUAACAAGAUGAAGGGUGAUAGAUCAUCAACACUCUGGGGUAGCGUAGAAGAUGCAUCAACUUGUUUCUCCGAAAUUUCCAGUAAAAUUAUGCAAAGAUGCAUAAAGAAAGGGGACAAAGAAGAAGCAUUAGGAAAGAAAAAUUGUGUUGAGUUCAUGUCUGCUCUUCGGACAAUUAUGAAAGAAAUUGACACAGUAUUGGGAACCAGUCCUGUCAGUCACGUUCAGGAGAUGGAGGAUAAAGAUCUUGAAGAAAUGCAGCAAUUAACUUUAGAAGGAGACCUCAUUAGAGAGGUGAAUUUGGAACUAGACAAGGAAAAUGAAAUGUUGAAACAUGAAGUGGCUAUAGAUGGUGAAAAAUUUCCAAUAAGUAGUGAUAGGUCUGUCCCAAAAAGAUUAAGUGAUGUCAGUGUUCAGACCUCAAUAGAAGCUGAAGAUCAUGAAAUGCCAGGUUUGAAACAGACUUACUGUCUUUCUGACACAGAUAACCAUGUAACCGAUCAUUUAACAGAUAAACAGAUAAAAGAGGCACAGUUGUAUCUUUCCACAGUUGGUGGUUCAGACAACAGUGAUAAUGAUAUGUCGCACUUGGACCCAGCCAUCAUUGACUAUCAUAUGUCACAAUUGAGAGAGACGGAGACUAGAAAAAAGAAUAGAGAUAGCGAGUUAAAGGAAUCUAAAGCUGCUCAAGAAGUUGACUUCGUUAAAGACCUGUAUUCAAAAAUGGAAUUAAGAAAUCGACUAAUUGGUAAUAACAUUGAAAGAUCAAAUUCAAGAGACUCUAGUUUAUCUGAUGGAUCAAAUGAAGGAAACAAAGAUGAUUCUGGUGUGGAAUCUGAUUGUUUUGGAGUAACUAGGGGUCGAAGAUCUGUAGGUUUGGUUGAAAAUAUGCUAGGUAUGAAUAGGUGCUAUGGGGAAUCUAGAGGUGAUAUAGUGACUUUACCUGGUGCUGGAUAUAAGGAACGGAGCCUUCGUGGUUCUACGUCAGAACCAAGCCUUGGACAGUUUGACUUGGAGCAGUAUGUAAUGAAAAGUAAAGGCAGAGGAAGGGGUGUGGUAGAGGCAGAAAUUCAGAGCAAGUGGAUUCCAAGGGAUCGUCACCUUGGCAAGUCUGAGAGACGGGGGAAUGCCAGUCAUUCAGUUGAAGGAAAUAAGACUGUUAGGGUUGGUAGAGGGAUAUUUAGGAGUGUUCUCACUAUGAAAUACCCUGUAGGGAGAGGCCAUCCUACCUGAACGGAGUGUUCACAGUAUGAAAUACCCUGUAGGGAGAGGCCAUCUUACCUGAACAGAGUGUUCACAGUAUGAAAUACCCUGUAGGGAGAGGCCAUCCUACCUGAACUGUUUCUAAUAGUAAUCAGUUUGUAGAUAGCACAGAGUGCAGACAAAAUUUCUAUGCUGAUUUGUGGAAGAUCAAAAUUCUCAUACACAGAUGUAAUUCUGAUAACAAUCAAAAACAGAUUGGUAGUGCAGAAGUUUUUAAUAGAAAAAAUUCUUGUAGCACAUAACAUAGUUGAUACCAAUCACAGUAUUUUUACAAUAUACAUAUGUCACAUAAUAAUGUUUCAUGCAUUUAUAGGACUAAUCUCGUACACAUUUAAAGAUCAGGUUGUAUCGUUACUCUUUAUUGUCUUCCCUUUUCAUUCUAAGAUUGUACCUCAUACUGUUUGGCAAUUUUUUUACCUCUAGUGUUCAUAAAAAUAAUAAUUCUACUAUUAUUACUGUAAUGUUAUUAAUUCAAUGAUUUCAUAUUGGGCUUAUGUUUUUUUUUCUGGGGUAGUUGUAAUGGCUUAAGAUCAAAAGCAAUGGGCCAUUGUGACUAUAUCAGGAAAAGAAAGGCCAUUAUGAAAUCACUUUAUUAAAGACAAUAUUACUUUUCUACUGUGCCAUAUUUGCUGGAACACAAUCUCCAUUAUUUACUGUAAACAAGAUUGGCAUACCUUUCAGUAUGUGUUUAUAUUGUUGUCUUUUUCGGACAGGACUCUGUGUCGCAUGAUGAUAUUUGUUUGUAAAAGUGUUAAGGCUUAAAAUGACAAGCUUUCAUUAGCCAGUAUUUUAAAUUUAAUAUUUGAAAUUCUGCAAACUAUUGUAAAUGCAUAUUGGCAAGAUUUAGAUAAUUAUAGUUAUUUGUAGUAGAUUAAAAAAACAGAACAAAGAUUCCCUGUUAUAACCAAUGAAAUUUUAUUAACCAAUCUAAAUGCUAGAAUACCAUAUUGGCCCUGUUGUAUUAGCCCAGAAUCUCUCCAACAUGAGUUCAUCUUGAGUUUAGUAGUAGACCAAUCUAUUUUAUAUGAUCUGCACAAUUGAUCUUUUACUAUGUUCAAAUUUGUAUAGUUGAAUAAUAUGUUUGUAGUUUUAUAUGUAUGUUAUGAAGGAAAAAAGGCCAACUGAUGCUCCAGUAGAAUUUAACUUUUACUUAAGGUAUCCGAUCCACAAAUAAGCAAGUUCUAUAUAACAGUGCUAUAUAAAUAUAUCAAAUAUUGAAGCCUGGUAACCUCAUAUAAUUUUGGUAUCAUUUGAAAGUAUAUCAUCUACUGAAAAAGAAAAUAUAAAUUACAUGAUAAAAAUAUGUUACAGAAUUUUUAUUUUUUACUUUAUAGUCUUCAAUGAUACUUCAACAGAAAUCCAGUUGUUACAGUGUAAGAUUUAUCAUUUUGCGGUCAUAAAACAGGACUGUAAUUAUUCUUGCAUAUUAUUUAUGGUCAUCAUAUUUAUUAAUUCUUGUUCAGCAGACACAACUCUUUCAAGUGAUACAAAAAAAUCAUGGGGUCACCAGGCAUCGAAAUUUACCUAUUUGUGGAUCGGAUACCUUAAGUGUAGUAUGUACUAUAUUUUAUGUAGUCCUGUAAGAAUUUUUUGUUUAUGAUAGACUUAGUUCAUUUUUAUUAAUAAGCUUGUAAUUUCUGGAGUACCAUUUUUUGUAUAAUUUAAAAAGUAUUACUAAUGGGUUUAAUAUUUAGCUUGUGACUGGCAUGUUCUUGCUUUAUUGAAACUGUCAAAAAAAGAAAAUUUCUCCUUUACUUCGCUGCAGUAUUUCAGUCUGCCCAUGGUUAUAAUAUCAAGUUAUUAGUGUACUUACAAUGUAUCAUGAAUGUAAGAUUUUCUAGAUCCAUCACUUUUUAAAAAAACAACUGCACUGUUUCAGUAUGGUUGUUGUUUUGGUGAUGUGUAUGUAUUGAUUGUGUAUCACCAGUGGUUUUAGUAAAAUACUCAAGAUUGAAACAUACAUUGCACCAUGAUUUAAUGUUAGCUAUUUUAGGUUUUGUUUUCUUCAUUCUUUAACUUACUUAUUAAAGGGUCUUUCAAAUGAGAUAAGUUGAUAUUACACCAUUUCUUACACAUCGGUCAGAUACUGUUGAAAAACGGCAUUCAACCCAAAACAAACAAAAAAAUACACAUUGGUCAGUAUUUUUUUAAAGAUCAUUCAAGAUCAUCAACCAUACAGGUAGCACUAGCAUUAUAUUGAUAUUUUAAAAUUUAUAGUUGUAUAUUUGAUAUACAUUUCACCAGGCAAUAUUUCCUUUCAUAUUGUCAUUUACAAUGUGGCAUUUAGAAAUGUGUUUACAGAUGUAGGAAAAGCCACAGGAAAGUGUUGAGGGCAUUAUAUUAGCUCACUUGAAUUUUGUUCAGGGUGAGAUUUUAGUAAAGGUGGAUAAUCUGGUGACCUUUGUCCAUUGUCUUGUGUCAACAUUUUUACUUGAAUGUUUGAACAUCCUCUUCUCUGAAAUUACUGGUCAGAUUUACACCAAACUUGGUUGGUAGCAUUCUGGCAUGGACCUCUUUAAAGUUUGUUCAAAUGACUCACCUUUGGCCUAGCUGCCAGAGCUAAAAAUUGAAAAAAAAAUUUAAACAAUUUCUUCCCAUGAACCGCUUGAUGGAUCUACAUAAAAUCUGGUCUGUAAUAUUAUUUUAAGGUCCUGUCCAAAAUGUGUUCAAGUGAAGGCACUUGGCUCCGUUUAGGGGCCUUUAGAUCUAUAAAUAGAAAUACUGAAAAACAACUUCUUCUCAUGAACCGAAUGAUGGAUCUUCAUCAGCCUGGUCUGUUGCGUUAUCAUUAUGUCCUCUUAUCAUUUUGUUAAAUGGAGAUGCUCACUCUUUUUAGGAGCCACCAGGGCUAAAAAUUAAAAAUACCUUUAAUUACUUUUUCUCAUGAACCGGUAGACAGAUCUUCAUCAAACUUGAUUAGUUGCAGUAUUAUAAGGUCCUCAGCCAACUUUGUUCAGUUGGGGCAGUUGACUGCUUUAAGGGGCUGCUAGAGCUAAAAAUAGAAAUACCUUUAAACAAUUUCUCCUCACGAACUUCUGGAUUGAUCUUCAACAAACUUGCUCUGGAGCAUCAUUAAAAGAUAUCUAGCAAAAUUGUUCAGAUGAACGCAUUUAGUCCCUUCUAGGGAUCACUAAAGCUAAAAUUAGACAUACCGUAAAACUACCUCUUCUCAUGAAGCAAAGAAUGGAUCUUCAUCAAACAUGAUGUAUAACGUUAUUGUAAGGGCUUCUGCCAAUUUUAUACAUGUAGGGACACAAGAAGAGGCCACGGGGCCUGAAAAUAAAAAUACCUUUAAAUGAUUUCUUCUCAUGAACUGCUUGAUGGAUCUUCAUCAAACUUGUUUGUGGUAUCUCUGUAAGGUCCUCUCACAAAUUUGUUCAAGUGGAUGUUUUUGGCCCGUUAAAGGGCAGCUAGAGUUAAAAAAAAAACAAAAAACAAAAAACAUUUUAAGUGGCUUCUUUUCAUGAAACUCUGGGUGGAUCAUUAUCAAACUUGUUCUCUAGUGUCACAGCAAAAUAUAGAAAAGUUCUCUAAAUAACUUUAUUUUGAUUAACUUGUUAAAAGAUGUCCCCCAAAUUUGGUCAAAAGCAAGGGUAAAUAUUAUCAGACUGUCAUCAGGUGAGCUACUUGAAAUGGGCCUCUUGUAAUUUAAUUACAGAUGUACCAUAGGUGAAUGCUUGUUACAACCUAAAUAUAUCAAUGUGCAUAGUCUAUUUUACAACUUUAAUAAGGUACAAAUUUGCUGAUUUACCUAAUAGGGCAUUUUACACUUAAGAACAGACAUACUGAUAAUUCAUAACUUAGUUUGCAGCUCUAGUUGAUAUGUUUAUAAAUUGGCAUUGUAGUCAAACACGUAUGAUCUCAGUUGAUUUCAGAUAUUUGUAGGAGUUUAUUCCCAUUUUGUAAGAUGUAAACUUUUACCAUUUAUAGAUGAUUGUUCGUUUCAUGUUGCAGCUUGUAAAUCUAUGUUAACAAUCUUCUUUUUAACAUUUCCUUGUUUACUGUAAUUUCAUUUGACAUUUAGGGAAUGAACAAAAUUUACAUCUUGCUUUUGCAUCUACAGUUUUUAGAAUGACUGAGUGUUAUAUUUACAUUUUGAAUGUUUAGAAGAUGCAGAUACAUUGUUAUAAUUAUCACUAUUGUAAAGUGGUUUAAGUCAAGCACUAAUCCAUCGAGUUCUUGUGUUGUCGAAUUAUGUCUCCCACCACACAGUGGUGUGGGAGUCAUGUCUCUCACCACACAGUGGUGUGGAAGACAUAUUGAUUUACUCUGUCUAUCUGUGUCUGUCACAAAUCUUGUCCGCACUCUAAGUCGAACAUUUCUCAUCCAGUCUUCACCAAACUUGAACAAAAUGUGUUUGCCAAUAAGUUCUUGGCCAAGUUCGAUAACUGGCCAACUACAAAUGGUCAAGGCACUUCCGAAUUUUGGCCCUGUAACUUGUUUUUGAUAAUCAAAGCACUGAAAGUCUGAUAAGGCAGUUGAGGUCUUGGUGCAUAGUUGACUCAUACAACUAUUCAGAUGAUUAGUCAGUUGUGGGAGACAUGAGCUUUUCUCAAAAGCAGUUCUAGUUAUUUCAUGAAAAAAUGGCGCAUCAGUCACCAGGGAUCUUCCUCUGCCAUCAAAAGCUGGAAAUUUGCCAUUUGAAGGUACACAAUAAAUUGUGUUGGUGUGGUUUUAAAACAUAAAAAUAGGUAUGUAUUAAGAUUAACACUGUCCAAUUAAUUGCAUGAAAGUGAAUACUCCUCUUCAUGGAACCUAUGUACAAGUCUUCUUUUUGUUCAGCGUUUUCAGUGAGAGUAUAUAAGAUUCACUGUGUGUGUGCUAGAGAAAUAACACGUUAAUAAUCACUAGAAUUAAUCUAACAAUAUACCAGUGGUGUUCUAGAUCUAUAGAUACCAAGCAAAUGUAUUUCUUAUCAUUUUAGUCCUUAGAUAAGAAUUAUCGGGGAAUGUGUUCCGUAACAGUUGUUAUGUACAAAGUUUUGGGAAAAUGUAAAUAUUUUACAGGUGUAAGGGAACUUUCCUUUGUAAAUGAUUUAGAACUUGUAAUAUUGUUUGUGGAAGGUAUUGCAUUUGAUAAUGGGUUGAAGAAGGGAUUUAUGGUGCUAGGAAUUUUGCAUUUCUUUUAUAUCUUUGUCUUGUAUUUGUUAUAUAUUGCUGGCUUAGCAUUAACUAUUUAGAGAUUGUACCUCUCAUGAGUUGCACUGUACUAUCUACUUUGUACAUGUAGUAUGUCACACAUAUAUCAUUAUUAUACAGUGAAACUUUUGAAAACCGUUU